AUGUCUCCUUUAUGCCCUACUAAUUUAGGUUGGGAUUAUCCCUUAGAAUUUGAGACAAACCAAGCUUUCAAUAACUUCGAUUUCGAUGCUAUGUUUCUUGCUAAUUUUUCUUCUUCUCAAGCUCAAGAUGAUUGUGAUGAUAAUCAUCAAGUAUCUAGUGAUCAUGCUAAGCGAAGCGAAUCGCCACAAGGUACAAGCUCAACAGAUCAAAUUGAUAAUAAUAAUCCCUUGUUAUCAAAGAAGCUUAAUCAUAAUGCAAGUGAGAGAGAUCGAAGAAAGAAGAUCAAUGACAUGUAUUCUUCUCUACGUGCUUUGCUCCCUGCAACUGAUCAAAGGAAAAAGCUAAGCAUACCAUCGACAAUAGCACGAGUGCUUGAGUAUAUACCUCAAUUACAAAAGCAAAUUGAGGAUCUAACUCAUAAAAAGGAAGGGUUUACAUCUAAAAUGUCAGCAAUUCUAGGAAAUUCAGGAGAGUUUAUCCAAGAACAAAAGCACAAAAGAAAAUGCACAACUAAGGAGACGACGUCGUGUUCGAUUUCUUCAAAUAAAUUGGGUGAUAAAGAAAUGGUGAUCCAAAUAUCAACAUAUGAGAGAAUAUCAGUAUCCGAGGUUCUUCUUCAUCUUGAGAAGAAUGGUUAUGUUGUUAUUGAUGUUUCUUCUUUUCAAUCUUUUGGAGGAACAACUUUCUACAAUAUACAUUUGUGGAUGGAAGGAAGCUAUGUUGUAAGCAUUGAAAAGUUGAAUGAAACGCUGUUAUCUAUGCUACAGAAGCAACAAUUGCAGAUGCAGAUGGAAAUAAUACCUAUAUUCGUAGCGUAG